UGGAUAUUGAACAGUUGACAUACAAAUCACUUGAAAGUUCAGCUAUUGGAGGUCCUGUGUUUUUUCUCAGCAUCUGUUUUUCGCUUCUUUUCUUGUACGAGAGGGAGUUUUGACAAGAGUUCAAAUGGCAAACUUACAAUUCUGUUAUAACAAGGGAUGUGCUCAGAAGUUCGAUCCAGAAGAGAAUUCGGAAGAUUCGUGUCAUUACCAUCCUGGAGAGCCAAUUUUUCAUGAUGCCAAAAAAAAGUGGUCCUGUUGCAAUAAGUACAGCACAGACUUUUCGGAGUUUUUAAGCAUAAAGGGAUGCGCUGUAGGGAAGCAUAACAGUGUCCCUCCAGAUAACACUGUCAAAGAGAAGAAAUCUGAUAUUCCAACUAAACCUAUUCCUACACCUACUCCUGUAAUAUCAAAACCCGUUGUAUCCCAAAGACCAUCAAGUACCGAGCCCACACGUGAUCUUCCAAUCGAAGUUGCAUCAAAUCUCAAGUCAGCUCUAGAAGAAUUAUCACUAGAUCCAUCCUUCAAACCACUACAGAAUUCUACAAUAGAAAAUAAUAAUAAAGGUAGUCCUUCACUUGGUACAAACUGCAAGAACACUGCAUGCAAACAGGUUUAUACAGGAACAGAUUCAGAUAGUGGACUCUGUCUAUACCAUCCCGGUGUAGCUGUAUUUCACGAAGGACUGAAGUAUUGGACUUGUUGUAAUCAGAAAACUAGUGAUUUCGAAGCAUUUCUUAAACAAAUCGGUUGUACUACAGGUCAUCAUAAUUGGACAGUGGAAUGAAGGAGCAUAGGCCUCCCAUCAGGAUUCUCCAUCCAACGCUUUCCUGGGCAAUAAUUUCCAGAUCUUUCCAGUUGUUAUUCAUCCUUUUUAUAUCCGCUUCUAUUUCCCGACGUAAUGUAUUCAUUGGCCCCUCUCUUUUCUAAUCUAAGGCUUGCCUCGUGAUGUAAUGUUGUUAUUUCCUCAAUGUAUGUCCUAUCCAUUUCCAUCGUCUUUUCAUAAUUUCCUCUUCAGAUAGAAGCUGGCUUGUUCUCUCUCAUAGUAGACUGUUGCUAAUGGUAUCCGGCCAAUGUAUAUUGAGUAUCUUGCGUAGAGAACUGUUUAUAAAUACUUGUACGUUCUUGUGAUGAUGGUUGUAUUAAUCGUUCAAGUUUCAGUUCCGUACAAUAGAACUGCCUUGACGUUCGUAUUGAAGAUUGUGACUUUGAUUUUGGUUAAAAUUUGUUUUGAGUUCCAUAUGUUCUUCAAUUGUAGAAAUAUGGCCCUUGCUUCGCUAAAAAAAGAAGUUAACAAUUGAUAUAUAAGUGAAGGUUUAAAAAAACUUUCAUUGUACUUCAACUAUUUCUUUCGCGAUAACGAUGCAUAGAAAAUGUGCUCAAAUUAUGAAAUAAUAAUGCUAUUUAUGUUAAUCGACACACAUUCCACACAGAAUAGAAUCUUCACUUUAAAAUCAUCAUUACAAAAUAUUUGAACUCUAUCGUUGUUGACAGUCAAGACUAAAUUGUGAUUAAUCUUUGUUUAUGUAUGUUAAUUUUUUAUGCGGAUUGUGGCUAGCAGCAAGAUCUAGGAUUGAUGUUUCAUCCCAUUUGUAAUUUUCCAGCCUAUUUUGCUUGCACUCUAUAUUGUUGAUGUUCAAAAUUCAAUUCUAAAAUGUUUGCAACGGAAUUAUUCAAUUCCUUAUCAAUAAUGAUACAAAUGUCAUACUCAUUGAAUUAAUUAGUGACUACCGAAACUCAUUAGUUCGGUAGAUAACCAGUUGUUGUGUUUAAAGUGAAUACUACUGUACUAGGUUCACGUCUCAAUCUAAAUAUCAACAUUGGGAUAUAGGUACAUACAGCUGGUGAGUUCUAAAAGAGAGUAAAAUACAUAUUCUGGAUUCCACCAAUGAUCGAAAUUCAUCUAAAAAAGUUUUAAGUUUGUUACCCAACUUCCAUGUGAAUCCUGUUUUUUUGUUUACAGAAGGAGAAUCAAUUAGAAAAUUGUAUUUAGACAAAAAAGACUGAACAAUUUUCAGUCCUAAAAAUCAAAGGGAAGAUUCAAGUAAAACAAUACCAAGUGAAUUAAAAGCUAUUCAGUUUUAUGAAAUAAUAAGAACGCUUCUAAAAAAUUCUGUUAAAAAAACGAAUUAGUAUUAUUGUUUAUAGACUUAAUAUUCUACAAGGAAAACGAUUGUUGAAAGUAUAUUAUAUUUACCGGAACAACACAUUUUGGGUUGAAUACUUACCUACUUACGCCUGUUACUCCGAAUGGAGCAUAGGCCAUAGACCAGCAUUCUCCAACACACUCUGUCGUGGACCUUCUUUUCUAGUUCCAUCCAAUUCUUGUUAAUUUUUCUGAUGUCUAUCUCCGUUUCCCGGCGUAAUAUGUUCUUUGUUCUUCCUCUCCUCCUUCGGCCUUGAGGAUUCCAUGUGAGGGCUUGUCUUGUGACAGUUGGGUGAUUUCCUCAAUAUGUGUCCUAUCCACUUCCAGCGCUUCUUCCUGAUUUCUUCGUCCACUGGAAUCUGGCUUGUUCUAUCCCACAGAAGAUUGUUGCUAAUAGUGUCCGGCCAACGGAUCCGAAGUAUUUUGCGUAGACAACUGUUAAUAAACACUUGUAUCAUGUGGAUGAUGGCUUUCAUAGUUUUCUAGGUUUCCUCUCCAUACAGUAGAACUGUGUUGACAUUUGUAUUGAAAAUUCUGACCUUGGUGUUGGUUGACAGUUGUUUUGAGUUCCAGAUGUUCUUCAGUUGUAAAUAUGCUACUCUUGAUUGCUGAUCCGCGCUUUCACAUCUGCAUCAGAUCCACCGUGUUCAUCAAUGAUGCUACCCAAAUAUGUAAAGGUUUUUAUUUGGGUUGAAUAAACAAAUCAUGUUUAAACAUGUUGAAAAGCUAAGACGAUCUUUUCAUUUAUUACUUCUUAUAGAUAACUGUCACAUACUCGACAUGGUUGAACUUCAUUAGUUACUGUUUCUCGGUAGAACUCCUGAAAUUACAUUUCGAAGUUAUUUAUUAGUGAGUAUAAAACUCUAUACUGAAGAAUAAUAAUUCGUUUAUGUUAAACUCACAUUCAACGUAAUCAACUCAACAAUAAUAAUUUAUUCUCAACUCAUACUACUACGAAAAAUGACCAGUUUAUUAUGACUGCUAAGUGUUCAACUGGUUUUUGGUUGGUACUGGGACUCCCUAAUCCUACGACGCAUAGUGAGAACAUAAAGGCUGGUAAUAAGGAUUUAUCUGUCUAUCAAGAUGAUAUAUCCAUAUAUCAUUUCUUUAUAAUGUAAUUUACACACCGUCAAAUUUGUAUAAAUGGAAUUAAGUAGUAUUGAAGAUCAGUUAAUCAAUAAAUUACUUUGUGAGCACAUAUUUAUCAAUAUUAUACAGUCGAUGAUCUACAAGGAACAGAUAUAAUGAAUUAAAUAAGUUAUAUAAAUCACAGAAGAUUAAAGAAAUAAUAAUUUUAUAUGUGUUUCGCAAUCUAAUUGAUUAAAUCUAUGCUUACCAUAUCACAGCAUCCCUAACACUCAUGAAUUCAACUGUUACAAUAUUACAAUCUCUGCAAAUCCCCAUUCUAAUACAAUAAAGUAGUGAUUUUAUACUUUUGCAAUUUUAUAGAUUAGGUGACUCAGUAGUCUAAGGAUUCAUUUUCCAAUCAUACUAUGUCUAAAACUCAGUCAGUAAAAACGUAGAACUUCGUACGUACAUCAGUUCGAGUUGCCCCAAUACAUUAGCACAGAGAUGCAGUUGUCGAUUCAAAUCCCGUAGUGGUAGAGGUAGUAAGAGAAUAAGCAGUAAUUGGAAAGAUUAGGGUUUGGAGAUAUUAUUCAAGGAGUUUAAUCUAGUGAAGUAAAUUUGGAAAGAGAAAAAAAAGGUCUAAAACUCAAUUCUAACUCUACUUCCUUCAACCUGAGCAAUUGAUUAAUCUCACACGUAUAGAGUUUGAUUCGAAAUCAACUACACUGAUUUAUACUUGUUAACAAUAAUGAUUGAUUUUCAGCCAAUACAUUCCCAUGUUCGAGUUCCAUUCCACCUAUAUUGAUUUGAGUAAUUAGUUAGUAUUAUCUAACACUUACAAUUAUUAUUAGUGGCUUUAUUCAAUAUUAUAUUUUUGGUACAAUAUAGAAUCCUCAGCACAAAGUAUUUCAACAAGUUUCCCUUUCUUAUUUCUUGAUCAGUUCCUUGCGAUAAAUAUUGAGUGGUCGCCAGUUAGAUGUUAGCGGUUCAGGAAUCGACAUCUAAUAAAUGUUUAUCCUUUUCGAUGCAUCCAUUCUCUGUGUUCUCUAACUCUAAUCUUCUGAAUUCCUCAUGUCCUUUACUUUCUUUCCAAAUCUAUUCUACUGGAUUAUACUCCUUAAAUAACAUCAUCAAACCUUAAGGUUCCCUGUCACUACCUCUACCACUACGGGAUUUGAAUCGAUAACUGAAUCUCUGUGCUAAUGUGGUAUGGCAACUCAAACUGAUGUACGUACGUACGAAGUUCCACGUUGUUACUGACUGACUGACUUUUCGAUGCAUAUUGCCAGUAACCAUGAUGUCUCUGAUUGAGCUCUUUUGUAACUUGUACAGUGAAAUGUUGUAAACUUUUCACAAACGUACCUGAAUAGGUUAUGAGACUAAUAGGCAUAAUGAUAUGUUAAAACAAACAAGAAAACAGAUAACUUGUUGAAAUAUUCAGAUGGUAGGAACAGGUAGCCCAGAUAUUCAACUGAUUUUACUUACAAUCUUUAAACAAGUUACUUUUAUCAUUUGACGUUCUUUCUUCUUUUUCUUCUAAAUUUUUAUUUAAUCAUAGGAUGCAAAAUCUACAAAUGCAACAUUAACACUUCAACCAAAUACAAAUUGUCGUUUUGAUUGGUAUCAAUUUGGUGGUUGUGUUACAUUAGAUAUAUAUGCUAAAAAUAUAUGGCCUGAAACUGUUUCUAUUAAAGUUAAUCAAAUAGUUUUACAUGUUUCAUUAAAAUUCGGUUUAGAUUAUCAAACAUUUGAAAGAGAUUUCAAUUUAUAUGGUUCUAUAGAUCCAAAACAAUCUAUUGUUAAAUUAAUGCCAUUAAAAGCUGAAAUAAUUUUGAAAAAAGCUGAACCAAUAUCAUGGCCUACACUUGAAUGUAAACUAUUAGAUAAUAAAGCAGAUAAUUCAGAUAUUAAUAAUAAUGGAGAAACAAGUUAAAAAAGAAACAAAAAUAGGAUGUAUUUCUAUGGAAAUAUGGUUAUUACAACGAUUACGCAAUCAAGAAUGUUAUUUGUUUGACUAAUAAUAAUAAUUCAUCAAUCUCUCCCAUAUGAUGUGAGUUUCUCAAUUGUUGAUACUGAAUAACUAUGAAACAUUUUGUUUUUCUAACAAUAUAAAAAUGUUGGUUUG